CACAUAACGACUAGCUUUGCUAUUCGUACAGUCAGUACUGCAUUCCUAUUUGAGGGAGCGCUUGCCCUCACUUGCAAUGGCGGGCGGGCCCUCACAUAGUCACGUGGUUCUGCUGUGCCCCAAGCUUGGCUGGAACAGGAAGGUGACGCCGUGGUGUCAGUAACACGAAUCUGCAGAGAGACGCGCUCACCUGGAAAGCAAUGAAGUAGGAUCUGAGGUUGUAGGAUCAAUGAAGUAGGAUCUGAGGUUUCUGUUCUGUUACUGUGCUCCCAGCGCAGACAGGGCUGCGGUACAGCGAGCGACAGCAGGACAUGCCUUCUCCCAAAGCAAAAAACAACGCCGGCCGGGCUCUGAACCGAACCCCGUCGCCGCACUUGCUGCAGAGGCAGGGUUCGGACCCGACCUCGGCCCGGCUCAGAGCCUCCGAGAGCCCGACCCGGCGGCGCGGGUCCGGCUCGGCCAGCGCCUCCGCCACCGGCCCACAGCAGCAGCUCCCGGAGGAGGACUGCAUGCGGCUGAACCCGUCGUUCGCGGGGAUCGCGUUGAGGUCCCUGCUCGCUAUCGACCUGUGGAUGUCCAAGCGGCUCGGGGUGUGUGCCGAGGAGGAUUCCUCCUGGGGCAGCGUCCGGCCGCUGAUGAAGAUCAUUGAGAUCUCCGGGCACGGCAUCCCCUGGAUAGCCGGGACUCUGUACUGCAUGUGGAAGAGCGACAGCGCCGCCGGGCAGGAGAUCAUGCUGAAUUUGCUGUUGGCCCUGCUCCUGGACGUGGUUCUCGUGGGGAUUGUCAAAGCGCUGGUGCGCCGACGCCGGCCCUCUCACAACCGGAUGGACAUGUUCGCCACCUUCUCCGUGGACCGGUACUCGUUCCCGUCGGGCCACGCCACGCGGGCGGCCAUGGGGGCGCGCUUCCUGCUCACGCACCUGGUGCUGGCUGCGCCGGUCCGCGUGCUGGUGCUGCUCUGGGCCGUGCUGGUCGGGCUGUCCCGGGUCAUGCUGGGCCGACACAACGUCACCGACGUGGCCUUCGGAUUCUUCAUGGGCUAUUUCCAGUACAGCCUGGUGGAGGCGCUGUGGGUCUCCACCGCCAGCUUGCAGAAGCUGCUGGGAGUCUUGGGGUGAUAGGGGAGGGUUGAGGGGGAGGUAUGGAAGGGAGGGGUAGGCAGGGGCACUGAGGUCAGGGGGAGAAAGGACUGGUGUAGCUGCAGGACCUGGGAUGAAUUGAUGAGGAGAGAAGUAGGGUUAGAGGGGGACUUAGGGGAAGGGAUAAGGAAGGAAGGAAAGGGGUCUGACUUGGUAGAUGAGGUGUCUGAUGACCCGAAUUCUGCUCCCUGCAGCACUGGACCAGUGAUUCUUGUUCAUUUCCCCAGGAAUGUCCAGCUAGGAAGCUGGGAUUUGAAAGAAAAGGGUCUCCUGAACUCUGUCUCCAGCAAGUGAGAUUCACUGUCUGCUUUUAUUCAAACAUCUGAUAUUACUGAAGCUAUUCUUGCUGAUAUACAAAGAAUAAUUCGAGGCGUAAUUAAAAGAAAACUGCAUGUACAGGCGUCCAUUACCUGCCGGAAAUACACUAGCAAAAGAACCUGUACAGCACUGACUCUCAAGAAAAAACAGAGAAGCUGUUUGAAAAAAGAGUGGUCACAAGCGAGGGCUCUGGUAAUGAGAUUAUUACUGUAAAUGUACAUUGUGUUUGAUACGUUUGUGAACACUAGCUGUACCGUUUCCAUAAGCACCUCCACACAUUCAUUGCAAUGCAGCGACUUUCUCUGACGUGAGGAGUGCAAGGGCAAACGCAUGAAGUUUCACUGUGCUGUGUGUGAUGGGGCUCAACACGCUUACAGAACGCCCCAUGCUGCAAAAAGCAACUACAGAUUACUCAAAUUCUCCCAAAAAGCCCAAAUGAAUGUAAGGACCAGGCCGGCCCAUGGGUGGGCACUCAAACGGAGCUACAGUGGCAGUGGGGUCGGCGUGUCUUGUUUAGUGUCAGUGGGGUGGGCGUGUCUUGUUUAGUGUCAGUGGGGUGGGCGUGUCUUGUUUAGUGUCAGUGGGGUGGGCGUGUCUUGUUUAGUGUCAGUGGGGUGGGCGUGUCUUGUUUAGUGUCAGUGGGGUGGGCGUGUCUUGUUUAGUGUCAGUGGGGUGGGCGUGUCUUGUUUAGCGCAGUGGAAACCUUUUCAGGCAACUGUGGAAACAACUGCUUGUAGGUGACAUUCGCAAGCCUCCCCACCUCACCAAGCUGCUCAAAUGGAAAGCGUAUUUAUUUUUUUUGCUCACAUUUUUCACUCACGGAAAAUUCCUUGGAAAUGUCAGCAACAGCAAAGUCGCUUCAGCAGCUGCUGUGUGUCGCCUCGUCCUUCCAGCCAUGGGCUGGCUCAGGAGCACAGCAGUCUCGUUUCACUAAGGGGUGCUGACACCGCUUUGAGCUUGCCUCUGCUGCAGUGGCAGCUAACAGAAUUGAAACUGCGCUCAGGGACACGUUUACUCCGGAGCACCGACAUGAUCCAAGCACUUCCUGUUAGUUUCGCAGGGCAGGCAUUAACACUGAUACUUUUUUAAAAUGAUUUUAUUUCAUCAGUAAAUCUCUCACUGUAUUGUUUGACUACAGUCAUGCCUUCAUGAAGAGGAGCAGUGACAGAGUAGGACAGGCGUGGAGUCUAAUGCUGACCUCGUAAUACAUGGGCAGGUAGCUUCUGAGGAGUAACUCUCAUCAUGCAGUAAGUGAGAGGGCCUUGUUUCUCUUUCAGUCCAUUCCAGCCCAGAGCCUUGUUGAAACCAGUAAUUACUUAUUGAAUAUAGCAGUGCAGAGCCUUGUUGAAACCAGGUCCUUGUUUUGAAUGGACUGAAAGAGCCACAGGUGAGUACCACUGAUCCAGGGCACUGAGAAGCUGUGUAGAAGACUACCUGUCCUAAACGACCAGCUGCCUUCAGAACAAAUUCGCUGGAGUGCGCUGGAUGAAAGCUGUUGUGGGAGACCUCCAGUUCAGGUCCAUUUCAUUGCAAGACUUCGUUCCAACCAAUCCAACAUAACUUUCUAAUUCAGGAGUGUCUACGUUUGGUCCUUCUCUGUUUUAAAUUGUUUAAUUAAACCAAUUACACCCCCAUCCAGACCAUGAAGUCGUUCAUUCUCUAAUUUUACUGGUCAAACCUGGAGUGGAACGGUCCUCCAGGACUGGGAUUGGACACCCCUGUUUUCACUGACCUUCAGCAGCAGGGUCAAUUAAAAUAUAAAGGACCUGGUUGGAGGUCCUGCAAUGGAAUGGUCUGGAGGAGCUAUAAGUGCCUUUCCUUGAACUGGCAGGAGAACUCUGUCAUGCAGAUCCAACCAUGGUACACUACGACAGGUUUCAGAUUGUCAAACUCAGCCUGGUGUUUAAAGCAAGGCGCUUCACCUCAAGUGUCUCUAUAGAGAUCGUAGUGAGUGUGUGGGCUAGCAGGAACUAAGACCUUUGAUCGCCAGGGACCUGCUCACAGUGCCUCCCUCCCAAGCCUGCUGAGUGCAGGACACCCUGGGAAUAAUAGAAAAGAGCUUUGUAUGUGUUUACGCUGUUCAGAAUAGGAUGGCAACAAAACUAACACUCACAUAAAACAACUGAGAUUAUUUAACUCAGUCACUGUCAUAUAAAAAGAGAAAAAAUCAAUAAUAUCUAGAUCUGUCAUGCUGUCAAAUCACAACGUGUAAUUUGUGUAACUUUUUGUUUUCGGGUUCAGUUUAGAUUUGUAAUUUGUUGAAAUGUUCUUGUGUUUUAGGGUUAGAUGUGUAAUUUGUUGAAAUGUUCUUGUGUUUUAGGGUUAGAUGUGUAAUGCUUUGAAAUGUUCUUGUGUUUUAGGGUUAGAUGUGUAAUGCUUUGAAAUGUUCUUGUGUUUUAGGGUUAGAUGUGUAAUGUGUUGAAAUGUUCUUGUGUUUUAGGGUUAGUUGUGUAAUGUGUUGAAAUGUUCUUGUGUUUUAGGGUAGAUGUGUAAUGUGUUGAAAUGUUCUUGUGUUUUAGGGUUAGAUGUGUAAUGUGUUGAAAUGUUCUUGUGUUUUAGGGUAGAUGUGUAAUGUGUUGAAAUGUUCUUGUGUUUUAGGGUUAGAUGUGUAAUGUGUUGAAAUGUUCUUGUGUUUUAGGGUUAGAUGUGUAAUGUGUUGAAAUGUUCUUGUGUUUUAGGGUAGAUGUGUAAUGUGUUGAAAUGUUCUUGUGUUUUAGGGUUAGAUGUGUAAUUUGUUGAAAUGUUCUUGUGUUUUAGGGUUAGAUGUGUAAUGUGUUGAAAUGUUCUUGUGUUUUAGGGUUAGAUGUGUAAUGUGUUGAAAUGUUCUUGUGUUUUAGGGUUAGAUGUGUAAUGCUUUGAAAUGUUCUUGUGUUUUAGGGUUAGAUGUGUAAUGCUUUGAAAUGUUCUUGUGUUUUAGGGUUGGGGUUAGGGUUCAAACUGGCAGCUCUGCAGGAGCUCCACACUAGCACUUCCAGCCCUGGAAAGCCCCGCUCCAGUCUCCGCUCUGAACGACAGUCAUGUCUCCCUGGGUUUCACCUGGUUAUAACGGGGGCUGUCUCUCUGCUAGCAAACAGAUUGAUACGCGCUGGCUGGAUAUUCCUCUUCCCUGCCACUGUGCAUGGGGUUCUGUUUUUGCUGCUUGUCAUCUGACUGGCCCAUCACUGAGGCAUUCACACAUAUAAAGCUUCAAUCAGUUACAUACAUUUAUUUUUGUAUUGCUUUUUUUUUCAUUGUUGUCACUCAGUUUAUACCCAUUGGAAGUAAUGUGCUUCCCUCGUCUCUCACUAGGUGGCAUUAUCAAGCACCUGGGCGCCCUCCUCUGGUGCCCUCAGGUAUUUGCCAGGGAGUGUACAAGUUCUUCCCCCUCUAUCAAACAAGCUAACGUUUAUUUUACUGCCAGUAAGAAUCAGAGACUGCCUUUAAGCAAUGUGUUGUUUCUGAAUGCUGGUCCACUCAAGUCAUUAAUUACACCUUGAAGGGGAUGAGAACCCCACAAGCCUUCUCUUGAGCCCUUAUUGGAGUUCCUGCAUUGCUGCACCCUGGGGAACCCUCACUGGUGCCCAGGUGGAUAUCACUGCUGUACAGGUCUCUGCAAUGCAUGUCACGUCACUUCACCAGCUAUAUAAAGAUAGAGCAUAUACAGAGUGUUCAUGUAUUACUUAUGUGACUCUUUGAAAUUGAGAUUUAUUCUAAUGCGGCCAUAUUGUGAUUAUAUUUUUUUUUAAAUAAAUAUAACAUGUUGAUAAGUUGAA